CCAUUCGACGAUAAACAUUGACCCGCAGAGCCUUCAGAGGGGUAGAGCACGUCAAAGUGAGGGAGGCCGUGUCGAGUCACUCUUAUUAUUACAAGACUGGAAUUACUCGCCAACAUUAAACACGCGCACACUAUGGUGAAGCAUUAUCCCGUUCCAAAAGGAGGAGACGACAGCCUGCCGCUCUGACAUCUACCUUUACCGCCGCAAAGCCGUUAGCUUUGACAGCUAACGCGAGGUAGCCGAGUUAGCUCUCGCAUACCGUCGUUUUCUACACGCAGCUGACCUCCACCACAACACAGACGCACUGAGUAUCCAUCGCUCUCAACGUCGGGGUCGUUACUCCCCAGGCUCCUCACGCCCUCUCCCGUUGUCCCCCGUGUGCUGCCCCGUGGACGGUUCCCGAAUAUGAUACAGAAUGAGUCAAAGAGACACUUUAGUUCAUCUGUUUGCUGGAGGAUGUGGGGGCACGGUGGGAGCCAUAUUGACUUGUCCACUGGAAGUAGUGAAGACCCGUCUGCAGUCAUCCUCCAUCACCCUCUAUGUGUCUGAGGUUCAGCUCAGCACUGUCAACGGGGCCAGCGUGGCCCGCAUGUCCCCACCAGGCCCCCUUCACUGUCUCAAAUUGAUAUUGGAAAAAGAAGGACCUCGCUCUCUCUUCAGGGGUUUGGGGCCAAACUUAGUGGGUGUGGCACCUUCCAGAGCAAUCUACUUUGCUGCUUACUCCACUGCCAAAGAGAAACUGAACAGCGUGAUGGAACCUGACUCCACGCAGGUGCACAUGGUGUCGGCUGGAAUGGCAGGUUUUACAGCCAUCACAGCAACCAAUCCAAUAUGGCUCAUAAAGACUCGACUACAGCUCGAUGCAAGGAAUCGAGGUGAGCGACGGAUGAGUGCGUUUGAGUGUGUGCGGCGGGUGUAUCAGGCAGACGGCUUGCGAGGCUUCUACAGGGGAAUGUCAGCGUCUUACGCCGGUAUCUCAGAGACUGUGAUCCACUUUGUGAUCUAUGAAAACAUUAAGCGGCGCCUCUUGGAGGCCAAGGCACCGCAGAACAUGGAUGAGGAAGAGGACACGUCGAAAGAUGCUUCAGACUUUGUUGGAAUGAUGCUUGCUGCUGCCACCUCCAAGACUUGUGCCACAUCUAUUGCUUAUCCUCAUGAAGUGAUCCGCACGCGGCUACGUGAAGAGGGCACCAAGUACCGCUCCUUUUUCCAGACUCUAACAACAGUGCCCAAAGAGGAGGGUUACCGCGCCCUGUACCGCGGCCUCACCACCCACCUGGUACGCCAGAUCCCCAACACCGCCAUCAUGAUGUGCACCUACGAGUUAGUGGUCUACCUCCUGAAUGGUUAAAGUCUUCCCCCUCUCAGACAGUUUCUGUAACCCUGCCCCUGUUCGGAGAUGAAGAAGAGAGAGCACCUGCACAUCAGCUAGCACGGCUAACAACCUGCUUGGGCGGAGACGGCACCUCGACCUUUGUCUCAGUGGCACAAGUGGUUGUUAAAAAAUAAAGUUGGAAGUUUUGUUUUAUAACCAAAGGGUAUGGCACAAGGAGGAGGAGAGCCAGAAGGAUCCCUGCAUUGAUUUGGGGGGUCUUGGUUUAGCGGUGGCAAAGAAACGGUUGCCCUAUUUUCAUUUUUACUCCAUCCCCUUUUCCCUUCGGAUAUAUACGUUGCUUGUGCAAACUCCGAUUCAGAGCACUGAAGACAGAACCUGAGUUAGAGUAUAUUCUGCCUCUAACAUUACUAAUAAUGAAGAGAAGUACAGCGAUCCUUAAUACCUAGUGCAUAUAGGACCCUCUUCAGCACUAGGCUUUGUUCUAAUACUGAUGAGCAGUUUUUUAAAUACAAUACUUGUAGCACGCAGUAUUUCCUGCAUCCCUCAGAGUACCACAGGAGGCCCAGAUAUAAAGACACCAGCUGCCGUGCAUCAUCUCAGUCAGUAUAUGACAAAGGUUCUGAAGUCAGCGAGAACAAGGAGGAACCGGUGCUUGAGGCUUGUAGAGGUGGGAUAAACAGAGGAGCAAAGGGUAGAAGGAGGGGAGGGAGGCAAAUGGAAGACAUGCCUUAUGUGAAGAUGUGAAGCCGACUGAGAUGCACAGGAGCUGUAGGUGGACGCACAGCUCUGGCUGCGCCGUCACAACAAAAUGUAGACACGGAAAGUCGUACACUGGUUAUCGUGUGAGUUCAGGUGGCCUUAGUGAAAGUUUGACAUAUCAGGAUCACGGACACAAUCACCCAAAGGUUUUCAACGUCCCCAGUGUUGGCUGUGACAUCCUUCUUUGCAGCUCUUUACACUAAAUACCUUCAUGAUUGAAAACUGCUUAUUUUAAGUGAGGUCUACUGAAUGAUACGGACCUCUGAACCUGUACGUGUUUGUGUUUACCGUGUGUGGUCGAGUGUAGUCGCUAAGGUUAGACAGGAGGUUCAAAGUCCCCAAACUAAAUCUGAAUAUAAUCCACCAUUCUAACUACUGGAAUGUAAAUACACAAGAGGGUAACUUUACUGAAGGCAAGGAAGUUACACACUUACCCAUGCUGUGAAGUAAAAAUAAAUAGAAUUAACAAAUUUUAACUAAUUGUGAUAUUGAUAUAUAUAUGAAAUACCAACCUAACGUGAUUGUGUUGCAUUUGUCAGCCCAGUUUUGGCCAAAUGCUGACAUUCAGUGCAUUUUCUAAAGAGGAGAGGGGAUUUUCCUGUUACCUUUAUCUCAGAAAUACACGGUGUUGUUCUUCUAGCACUUUUCUUUCUCUAGAAUGCUCAUCUCAUUGAUAUUUUUUUUCUCACUUGGAGAAUCCAGGCUUGUUUUUGCGAGCGAGGACAAUCCUCUUGAGUUUACACUGGAAAACUUGUAGGGUUUAGCCAGCGUGUGGAGGAAGUGGCCAGGAACAUGUUCAUCAUAAGCGCACAUUCAUUAAAACAGACCAGUCAGAAAAAAAAAAAUCGUUUUGACAUUUCCUGCCCCUUGUUGAGUUGUUUUUGUGACAGAAAACAAAAUCAUUGCAUUUCAACGUGUGGAAAAAAUGAAGCUUUUUCUCCGGUCAGUGUUUUAUGUAUGUGGAUGUCUUUGCCAUGGAAUGGAAAGGUGCUUGCUCUCUGCAUUUGUUUUUAGCAUUUUUGGUCAUGCUUCAAAUGACAAAAACUGUGUUUUACUGCAACCUUCCUUAUCCUAGUUACCACAGAAGUAACUCUCAUCCUGACAUCACGAUGCCACUUCAACCUAGCCUGUUCAUAACGUGUGCAUUUUCGUCAUAAAUGGGAAACUUUAGAAGGACUUAGCACACGAUGCUAACACAAAUUCUCACCUUGAGCUGUUGCGGUUGUCCUCCAUUGUGUUUUAACUUGCGUUGAUAACUUAUCCAAACACUUAACUGCUUAGCAGAUCAGAUGCUGAGUGCAGCAGUCAGGGCGUUUUUGCCAUAAUAGGCUCACUUUCUCAGUGCCGUUGUUCUCUUAAUGGCAGAAACUGCUUCAUAAACAGAUGCUCGAGGCAGUCAUCUAUGUUAAUGCACAUUUUUCGUUCGGUUUUCCAGGACACAUCAAGGACAGUUCAGUCUAAUGGUGUUAGAGAUGUAGUGAUACCUCCAUACAGCACCAUCAACACACACUAUUGAUGUAGUGAGUCUGUGGGGGAGCCUGUUGCUGCUAGUUGUGAUUGGGCGGUUCUCUAUCAUGGUGCUGGCUUCACUCCCGUGGCUUGUAAAGGAGGACAGGUACUGCAAGUUGGCUGUACCCAGUGUGAUUAAAGGGUUAUUUCACCCAUGUAAUAAAAAUGGAAAAAAACAAAAAAUCUUCUCUUACUUUUAGUGGUGUCAUGCAGAGAGUUUUGGUUUUAUUUCCCAGGUUUUGAGGACAAUCUGUCAGAUUCCUGCCUUCACCGCUGUGCAAACUCGGUGUCGAGGUGGCAGCAGAUCACUCAAAACAUGGAGAUAAAAAUAGCAAAGGUGAGCGAGGAAAAUGGAACUGUACAUUUCUAUGCAUCUCUCCACUUGUAUCAGUUUUUUUGUCGGAUGAUACAUUCUCUCCCGCAUCUUUGUUAUCCCGUUGCACCCACACGUCUGCGUUGUGUGCCAGUGAGUGUAUGUGUGUGUUUUGUGUGUGCUUGCUUAAAUGAGACUUGUAUGCCAUUCUGUUGUGUCUUACAUGUAAGACACCAUCGGAGUAUGUAUGCACUCAGUUGAAUACCUGCAAACAGUGUUCUUUUUUUUUUUUUUUUAAGACGGAUUGUUGCCUUUUCCUGACAUCCUCUGUGUUCUCAUCGAUGAGCCGACGAAGUGUGGCUCGCUCUAUGCAUUCUCUCAUACCUGUUUUUGUAAAACAAAAUGUCAAUAAAUUGGAAGGAGUGCAAGUC